AAUUUUCUAUCGGAUAUAUAAGCAAGGCCGGCUGGCUUUAACGCAUAGGGUUUUGCGAGCGCUUUGGAGAUGGCGCAAUCUCUUGCUGUGAAGCCGAAGACGGAGAUUACCGAGAAGGAAUCGCUUCAGCUGACUAGAAACCUCCUCCGGAUCGCCGUCUUCAACAUCAGCUACAUCCGGGGAUUGUUUGACGAGAAGUACUUCGCCGACACUCCCAUUCCAGGCAUUGAUAUGAAGGUCAAGAGGCUUCUUCCCUACGACAAUGAGUCCCGGAGAUUGAUCGACUGGAUUGAAAAAGGAGUGUAUGAUGCGCUGCAAAAGAAAUACCUGAGAUCGAUGAUGUUUUCCAUUUGUAGCGGAGACGAUGGGCCUCUGAUUGAGGAGUAUGAGUUCUCCUUCACCUACCCGGAAAAUUCAUGCGAAAUGACGAUUGCUCGGGCUGGAGAUGAGAAAUCCGGCAGAAACGUCAGCUCGGGCGAUAAGACGAUGAAGUCAAUGAAAAAAUCCGUUUGCAGGAUCGUGAGAACUCUCAUUCAGCUUAUGCGCACCCUUGACAACGUUCCAACCGAGAGAACCAUCAUCAUGAAGCUUCUAUACUACGAUCUAACGCCGGAGGAUUACGAGCCUCCGUUUUUCAGGUGCUGCACUGAGGACGACCAGAUGAAAUGGGUGAAAACUCCUAUCAGAGUGAAAGUAGGGGAUCUAAACAGCAAGCACUACGCUGUGGCUUUGAAGGUGAGAAGCACACUUGACCCUUGUGAGGACGAGAACGAGAGGAGAGACGAGAACGAGUGUGACGACUGCGAAGGUGAUCAAACCGAGAAGGAACGCGUGGAGGUGGAAGCAAAGCUGCAGCAGCUCAAAUGCAGCAGCAACGUCUCCACGAUCGGUCUGUUUCGUACAGUCGGCUCCGAGGUGACCAGGCACGGAGACUCGGCUUCUGGCUUUUCAAAGAGGCCGCUAUCUCCAACAACAUCCAUUUGCCAGGUGCAAGAGCCGAUCUACCAGCCGGCAAAGAAAAUGCGAAGCAGCUAG